UAUUUUUACUGAUUGAUUGUUUUGAAUUUGGUGUUUUUUUUUUUCUGAAAAAAAUUUCGAUAAUUACAAAUUCUAUAUAUGUUUCAAUAAUGCAUCGAUCAAAUGCAUAUUCAUAUUAUCAAUUCAAACAAAUGCGACAAAAAAUUCAUAACCAAUCAAUAAUGAUUAAUAAACUUUUUCAUAUGAUUGAAAAAAAACAUUCAUAUGAUCAAAUUAGUUCGGAAUCUGAAUCAUAUUUAUCGAUCCUCAUGUUGAUUGCCAAACAUAAGUGUGCUCUUCCACCACAACAAGAAAAUGCACAAGAAUUUGUAAGAAAUUUAUUGAAAUUAUUUUUCGAAUCAUUAUCGAAAACAACGAAUAAUCAACACAGUACAUUGGAUAAUUAUCAAAUUAAUCAACAAAUUCGAUUAGCUUUAGAUAAUUGUGCCGAACCUAAUGAAUAUGAUUUUCAUUUAAAUGAUGAUGAUGAUGAUAAUGAUAAACUUUUUUGUAAUGAAGACAAUGAUGAUGUUUAUAGAAAUGUCGAAUCUACCAAUGAUAAUGUGAAUAAUAAUUGUCCAACAAACACAAAUCAUCAUUCACCGGAUUCAACAUUGGCUAAUGAUGAUGAUCAAACUUUAUUACCAAAAUCAUCUAUUAUUGAAAAGCCAAUUCAUCCAUCAUCAUCAUCAUCAUCGGAUGCAACAUUUAUUGCUGAUAAUAAUCAAACCAUUAUCCAACGAAAACCAAUUGAAAAUGGCAAUAAAUGUUCAAAUGAUAAUCAGAAACAUGAAAAUGAAAAUUCACCAUUGGAAUCUUCUUUAUUGUUGACUCCACAAAUUGACACAACAAAUCAUCGGUUAAGGUCAGCGGUGAUGCCAAAAUUUUCAGUUAUUUCAUCAACACCAAUGAUUGAAAAUGAAAGGUUAAAUUUUAAUUCAUUUUCACGGAUUUCAAAUUUUUGUGACAAAUUAUCAACGGAUAUUUCCAAUUCUUUUGACGCAACACUAAUGGCCAAAAAUGAUUCAGUUAACGAAGAACUUACGAUAAUUUCUUUGGAAAAUGAUAAUCAUAAUAAUGUUUUCAACGCUAAGAAACAAUCACAGUCGAUAAAAUCCAAAAAUCAUGGACAAUUGAAAAAAACAAUUGUAAAUGGCGACAUUAGCAAUCAUCAAAAUACAGUUAAA